CCCGUCCCCCGCUCCGCCCCUCGCCCCGGAUCUUUUGGUCCUAAGUGGCCUCCGUAGGCGCACGGGAAAAUGGCGGCGGCCGCUUUGGUGGCCCGGGCUGCUGCUGCAGGAAUCCGGCCCCUCAAGGUUUUGGUUUCGUCCGCCUUCCAAAAUUGCUCCGGUUCCCUGCGUCUGGUUUCCACGCUGUCUGGACGACCUUUCAGCCAUAUUCAAGCAUCGCUCGUUGCUCCUGCUGCCAAACACGUUUCCCCUGUUAGAAGUCUGGCAUGUGGGCCCCCUUCAACAAUCCUUAAUAGCGUCACCCCUCUGCUGCCCACUCUCUUUCGCCCACCGGCCCGCGCUCUGACGUACUGCAGUCUGAGGAAAGGGAAGCGGAAGUCCGUGAAAGCCGUGCUCUUCAGGUUUCUCCGGCUGCACAGCGGCCUUUGGCUGAGGAGGAAGGCCGGUUAUAAGAAGAAGCUCUGGAAGAAGAAGCCGGCUCGGAAGAAGCGGCUCCGGGAGCUGGUGUUCUGCAACAAGACGCAGAGCAAGCUGCUCGACAAGAUGACCACGUCUUUCUGGAAGAGGCGCAACUGGUACAUGGACGACCCUUACCAGAAGUACCAGGACCGCACCAACCUCAGAGUGUAGCCCCAGGGCGCCGGCCUGCGGUGCGCCGAAUAAAUCAGACAAAUGGC